AUGUCAACAUCAAUACUUAAUGCUAAAGAUAUUGCACAAUGGCUUGGUUGUUCUACACAUACAACCUUUAAUUUUCGACCAAAUAUUCGACCUAUUCAACUUGAUUUACAUAUUCAAGAUUUCAAUAUGACACAUAAUGCAUCACGUUUAAUUGCAAUGACAAAACCAGUUUAUCAAAUAAUUGAUCGUCAUUCAUCAAUAUAUCCAGUAAUUAUUUUUGUUUCAUCAAAAAAUUUAUCACAAUCAACAGCUAUUGAUAUCUUAACAUUAGCUAAUACUGAACAAAAACAAAAUCGAUUUUUACAUAUUUCAAUAAAUGAUAUUCAAUUAUAUAUAGAACAAAUUGAAAAUCAAAUAUUAAAACAAACUAUUUUACAUGGUAUUGCUUUUUUACAUGAAGAUUUAAAUACAAAAGAUUGUUCUCUAAUUCAACAAUUAUUUACAUCUGGUGCUAUACAAAUUUGUAUUGUAUCAUAUAAUAUGUUAUAUACAUUAAAAAUUUAUUCAUAUUUGGUUAUUAUUAUGGAUACACAAUAUUAUUAUAGUAAAAUACAUACAUAUGAUGAUUAUUCAAUAAAUGAUAUUUUACAAAUGAUAAGUCGAUCGAAUAUUUCAUUAAAAGAAAAUAAAACAAAAGUUAUAUUAAUGUGUUUAUCAUCUAAAAAAGAUUUUUAUAAAAAAUUUCUUUAUGAAUCAAUACCUAUUGAAUCUCAUCUUGAUCAUUAUUUACAUGAUUGUUUUAAUGCUGAAAUUGUUACAAAAACUAUUGAAAAUAAACAAGAUGCUAUUGAUUAUUUAACAUGGACAUUACUUUAUAGACGUAUGACAUUAAAUCCAAAUUAUUAUAAUUUACAAAAUAUUUCACAUCAAUAUUUAUCUGAUCAUUUGUCGGAAUUAGUUGAAAAUACAUUAUAUAAUCUCGAACAAUCAAAGUGUAUUACAAUUGAAAAUGAAGUAGAUGUGUCACCACAGAAUCUUGGAAUGAUUGCAGCUUAUUAUUAUAUUAAUUAUCGAACAAUUGAAUUAUUUAAUAAAUCAUUAACAUCAAAAAUUAAGUUUCAUACGUUACUUGAUAUUAUUUCCAAUGCUGCUGAAUAUGAAGAUAUUCCAAUUCGUCGUAAUGAAGAGAAUAUUUUAAAACAGCUUUCAACACAUUUACCAAAUAAAUUAAAUAAUGAUGUUAAAUUUAAUGAUCCACAUGUGAAAACUAAUCUUUUACUUCAAGCACAUUUAUCACGUAUACAAUUGUCAUAUGAACUUCAAAAAGAUACCAAUGAAAUUUUAAUCAAAGCUAUUCGUUUGAUUCAAGCAUGUGUUGAUGUUUUAAGUUCUAAUGGUUGGUCAUCAUCAGCAUUAAUAGCUAUGAAUUUAACACAAAUGAUAAUACAAGCUAUGUGGAAUAAAGAUUCUUAUUUAAAACAAAUACCACAUUUUACAAAUGAAAUUAUUCAACGAUGUAUUAAUCAGAAGAUCGAAAAUAUUUAUGAUUUAAUUGAAAUGCAAGAUAAUCAACGCAUAGAAUUACUUCAAUUAAAUACAUUACAAUUAUCUGAUGUUGCUCAUUUUUGUAAUCAUUAUCCAAAUAUUGAAGUAUCAUAUGAAAUUCCUAAUAAAGAUAAUAUCAUUGCUGAUAGUGUAAUUAAUGUAAAUGUAACAUUAGAACGUCUUAAUGAACUCUCUGGAUCAAUUAUGGCACCAUUAUUUCCACAAAAACGUCAAGAAGAAUGGUGGUUAGUUAUUGAAGAUUCAAAAACAAAUACUCUAUUAUCAAUAAAACGUUUUACAAUACAAGAAAAAACUAAAAUUGUUUUAGAUUUUAUUGCACCAUCAACAGGUAUAUAUGAUUAUAUACUUUAUCUAAUGUCUGAUUGUUAUAUGGGUUGUGAUCAUGAAUAUAAAUUUUCAAUUACUGUUCGAAAUAAUAUUAAUAUGACAUCAUGA